AAAGUCUCUUUUUUUCAAAACUAAUUUCCUCUUUCCUCCUCUUCACGCAGGAGGGGUUUCGUAGCGGCGAUCUUUGUUUUAAAGCCCCCCUUCUCUCUCUCUCUCAACUGUCGCUCGGUGUUCAAACAACAAGGUAGAGAGAGAAACCCAAAAUCGUCAUCAUCAUACUAAUUCUUCUAGAGCGAGAAAGUUUGGAGAUACAGAGAGAGAAAGAUUCAUUGAAUAUCGCCAUUGAAGAGGGGAUUCGAUUUUCAAGAGCAAUCUCAGAUUCCUCAUUGUUCUUGUCAAUAUUCUCGAUCCUGGUGGUUAGGUCGCAUUGCUGGAUCUUUUCUCGAUCCCACUUGUGCAAAAAUUUGUGAAAACGAUUCGAUUUUUAUUGGAAUUGAGAGAUUUGUGAUGAAUGAUGGUGACCUUAACUGUUGGGUUGUGAUGUAAUAUGGCACUGGUCCUCACACGCAGAGAAAAUGUCGCUUUACAUUGGUCGCGAGGCUUCAAAGCUAUGGAAGAGAUUUUGCGCAGAAAUUAUAACAGAACUCAAUCUUCUUGCCGAGAAUUGGAAGUAUCUUCUAGCGGGGAUAAUCUGUCAGUACAUCCAUGGGCUGGCUGCUCGAGGAGUUCAUUAUUUUCAUCGGCCUGGACCAAUUCUUCAGGAUGUCGGAUUCUUUCUUCUUCCGGAGCUUGGGCUAGAUAAAGGUUACAUCAGUGAGACCGUAUUCACCUUCAUCUUUCUAUCCUUUUUCUUGUGGACUUUUCAUCCAUUCAUUUUGAAGAGCAAAAAAGUCUACACCGUUCUAGUGUGGUGCAGGGUUCUGGCAUUUUUAGUUGCUUGUCAAAUUCUUCGGGUCAUAACAUUUUAUUCUACUCAGCUUCCUGGUCCAAACUAUCAUUGUCGUGAGGGUUCAAAGCUUGCCACACUACCCCGUCCAGAUAGUGUACAUGAAGUGCUUUUCAUGAAUUUUCGCGGUGUAUUAUAUGGUUGUGGUGAUUUGAUAUUUUCAUCGCACAUGAUCUUCUCUUUAGUUUUUGUGCGCACAUACCAGAAAUAUGGCACACGGAGGUUCAUUAAGCAGUGUGCUUGGUUAACUGUUGUGCUCCAGAGCUUUUUGAUUAUUGCAUCCCGCAAACAUUACACCGUUGAUGUUGUCGUGGCAUGGUAUACUGUUAAUUUGGUGGUGUUCUUUAUCGACCAUAAGUUGCCAGAAAUGCCUGACCGCACUGGAGGUGCAGCAUUGUUGCUACCGCUAAGCAAGGAUGGCCGGACAAAAGAAGAGAAUCACAAGCUGUUAAAUGGGAAUUCUGGAGAUCCAGUAGAUUGGAGGCUGAGAACUCCAGUGAAUGGUAAGAUCUUGGAAGAUGGCAACAAUGGCCAUGCUGACUCAGUGAUGAAUGGGGUGUAGAUAUAGAAGCUGCUUGUGCUGCGACUAUCCAAUUUAGAGCUUCAGGUUUAAAGGAGUCACAAGCUUCGCAAAGGCGGUAAACCUGAUUUUAUGUAUUCUAGUGGAAAAUCCAAUUCGGGUUAUGCUUUUCAACAUUCUGGGGUCCUGCUAUGAUUGUUGCCAAUCAUUAUCACUAGCGUUGAACAUUAACCCAUGGAAUUCUCGGUGUUUCUAUUCCUUAAGUCAAUUUCCCACCAUGCGAUAAUUGUAUUGCCAUUGUGCUCUUCCUUUUGCUUGAUCAAUAUAAAACAUUUUCUUUAGUUGGAAA